GUUCUAGAUCUUGUCACAAUCUCUGUAGAUCUGGUGGUAGCAACUUGAAAACUGGAUCUAGCUAGACCUAGCUCUAUAUCUAGCUAAUUUGACUUAUAAAUAUAAAUAUUCGAAAGAAUAGACAGUCAACUCGGAUUAAUAUUUGGCAAUCUUCAUAGUCAUUUCACAAAUUGUGAAUUUUUUUUGUCCAAUGAUGCCUAAGUCAGAAGAACCGACUUACCCUUUCUGUCCUGAUGAAACAAAAUACGAGAAGUUGGCCAAAAUUGGCCAAGGAACAUUCGGUGAGGUGUUCAAGGCUAGGGAUAAGAAGAGCAAGACUGUGGUGGCCAUGAAGAAAGUUUUGAUGGAGAAUGAGAAGGAAGGAUUUCCUAUCACUGCCCUGAGAGAAAUCAAAAUUUUGCAAGUAUUAAAAAAUGAUAAUAUUGUGAACCUCUUGGAGAUCUGCAGAGCUAAAGCAACCCCGUACAACCGCUACAAGACCACAGUGUACCUGGUGUUUGAGUUCUGUGAGCAUGACCUGGCAGGUUUACUGAGCAACCCUCAGGUGAAGUUUAGCCUGGCUGAGAUCAAGAAAGUCAUGCAGCAGCUGCUCAAUGGCCUCUACUACAUCCACAGCAAUAAAAUCCUUCACCGUGACAUGAAAGCUGCAAAUAUUCUGAUCACUAAAGCUGGUAAAUUAAAGCUGGCAGAUUUUGGUUUGGCCAGAGCUUUCAGUGACAAGCUGAACAGGUACACCAACAGAGUGGUCACGCUGUGGUACAGACCACCUGAGCUUCUGCUGGGUGAGAGGAACUACGGACCAGCCAUAGACCUGUGGGGGGCUGGCUGCAUUAUGGCUGAGAUGUGGACACGCAGCCCCAUCAUGCAGGGCAACACAGAGCAGCACCAGCUUACACUGAUCAGCCAGUUGUGUGGCUCCAUCACCCCAGAGACCUGGCCUGGUGUCGACAAACUUGACCUCUUCUCCAAAAUAGAACUGCCCAAAGGUCAGAAACGCAAGGUCAAGGAGCGUCUCCAUGGAUACGUCAAGGAUCAGUAUGCCCUGGACCUGUUGGACAAACUGCUGACCCUUGACCCCACCAAGCGAGUCAACUCUGACGACGCCCUCAACCACGACUUCUUCUGGGUGGACCCCCUGCCCCAGGACCUGAACCACAUGCUGUCUCGCCACAACAAGUCCAUGUUUGAGUACCUGGCUCCCCCUCGCAGGCGGGCCCCCAUCCACCAGGCCCCACCCCAGCAGGGGGCUGCCAGGCCAGCAGGACACAACCCAGACCAGCAUUUUGAGAGAAUCUUCUGAGCCUUCCUGUCUGUGGCUCAUCUGUCAGUGACACACUGUGUAAACAAACUGUUGGUUGUGCUGCUCCCUCCAUGGCACUCUUCUGUUUGUUGUGUACAGGACGUGGGAACUUAAACUGAUAUUAACAAUAAAAGUCUACCAGGGCUACAGUUCCUUGCUGUGCUAUCACUGGCCUGUAUUGUCUGUACUUGAUGGAAUCUGAACUCACUGGUUCCAUUCAUGUACACACCCAUGGUAUCAUAGUGGGAACAUUUGAACAUGUUGAUUAACCAUAACAGCUUCUCAAUAUCUCCAUAUCCAAUUAAUGUAUGGGUACCUACAUUUCAUGAAGAUUUUUAUGCUAAAAGUUCACUAAGGUGUGAACUUAUAUUUGGGACACAUGUAAACUUGAUCAUACUGAACAAGUUGGUACGCUUCGCGCAGUAUGCUGCAAUAAGAUACUGCAUGAGUAUGCUGCGCAUACAGAUAGAUCAAAGAAAAUGUUGAUGUAUAACUAUGAUUUUUCUAAUCUGGUAUGGUUUUUGGUAUGGUUGACUUUUUUUUUUCUUCAUUGUUCUAUGGUGUGUUUUUUCUGAAAUAGUUGAAAAUGCUUUUAGUCCCUCUGUUGUUUUAAAUGUUAUUCUCUGUCCUACUGAGGUGUGAGCUGCAAAUCUCUUGUAGAUCUGUAGCCUGAACUGUUGUGGCCUCAACUUGACUGAAUGCUUGUAUGGUUUUAUGACUAGAGCUGGUUGAUGUGUGUAAUGUUGAAUGAGGAAGGACUUAAGCUGACUGGUGAUAUGACUAAUAAUAAAGUUAAUGACUUUAUUUGACUGGGCAUGUGGUGAAAUGACUUUGGCUGACUGGUUAUGUGGUGAGAUGACUUUGGUGAUUUGUAAAAAGGGACUAUUGAUGUAUGUAUAUAGUUGUCAUGUUACUGAAUAAAAUAUUCCAUGA